AUGCAGGGAAAAGGAGAUGUAGAUUUUACUCAAACGUUAGGUAGGGUAGGUAUGACGUCUCCGUCGGGAGCAGGCAUCGCAUACCCGGAUAUCGAUCUCAUUAAAAAGGAGCGGUUAGGUGGGUCAUCGGUAAGAGCUGCUGCAUCGGAAUGCUCACCCGACCGUGCGAGAUCUAGGUCUUUAACCGAUAAUGGAGACAGCGCACAGCCGUCAGCAGGCGUGAUUACCUUAUUGAAGCAUCUUCAAGCAAGACUACAACACACUGAGAAUCUUAAAACCACCUGUGAUCACGAUAAAAUGGGGGUUGCGCGUGGGAAGGAUCCCACAUCGAGCACCACCGACGCAGUUCCAUCUGGUGGAGCGAUGAAUACUAAAUCUUUGAGUGCGUUGUGUGCUUCUCCAGUAUCUUCAGAACGCUCUUGCGUUCAAAGCGUGGUUGUAGAAGGAGCCUACAUUCUAGGUUGUCCAUUUGCACAGCACGUGGACACGGCUAGCAGCCACUCCUCUUCUUCAACUACCCCUUUAAUGGGAGCUAGGAGGGCCUCAAAUCUUUAUGUCUCUUCGAUCACAACCCUUGGCGACUACGUUGCUGCCGGAGACUGCAGUGGAAAUGUGGUUGUUAUGAAGCGAAGACCAAUGUCGACGAUUCAGCGCGAGGGUCUUAGUGAUCUCGCGCGAGACAUGGAGGAAGAAGAGUCGGAUGAAUUUUCCUCGCCCCGAUUAAGUUGUACCGGAAAUGUUGUGAUACCACCUCGAACUAAGGAUCCGUAUGAAUUUUGCGCGAAAAAAAAGGCCUAUGAUUCGAUGAUAUGCCCUCUAAACAGUGUGGAGGUCCUACCGGACGUUACGGCCCUGGCUUUUCUUCCCCAAAUCAGCCCUACCGUGUUCCUCCUCGCGUCGAAUGAGAAGAUUCCCAAGCUCUUCAAAGUAUUGCAGGUGCAUGAAUCCGCACCGCGAUUUCGUGCCGUUGACAGGCUUGAUUCAGACCUCCCCAUUCCCCUCAUGAGCCCUUCACCCAAUCCUACGGUCUUAAUGAAACAAGUCUCGCGCUACGCCCCGGUUCAUGAGUACAACAUCCACUCCUUGCAUCCAUUACCGGACAGUGAGCAGUUCAUCACCGCGGAUGAGCUCACCAUACACCUGUGGUGCACCGAACACCCCGACACGUCCAUUGAGACCUUCAGUAUGCGCCCGCCCUGCGAGGAUGACCCGUGUGAGAUGAUUCGCCGUGUGCGUCAUUUCCCCCAUGAGCCAUUUUUGCUCUUCGUCGUGACAUCCUUUGGGGUGGUACGGGUUCUGGAUAUCCGUCAAUCGCUUAGGUGGUCCAACCAGGCGUCUCAGCUAUUUGAGAACCCGCCGCACCGCGUCGAGGAGUCCUUUAAGUGCAUCACCAACAGCCUUAGUGACUGCGGCCUCAGCGCGUGUGGGCGCUACAUCGCGGGAAGAGACCUCAUGACGGUGUGUUUGUGGGAUGUGCGGGCAGCUAGCGGUGUGGAGACCGCCGCCUCUAUUUCUCGAGGAUUUUCUCCUGCGGUCAAGAUGGGUGAGAAGAAUACAGGUAGGGGUAACUUUAAGAUCGUGCGCAGCUGGGAACUGUACCCUGACUUGCAUCGAAACCUUAGGGUGAUAUACCAGAGCAGUUUAUUUCUCCAAAAAAAUGAUAUUCAGUUUCUGAAUCCGACUCAAGUGUGUACCGGUGGUCUCGGUCGCAGCAUAUUUACGGUGGAUAUUAACCAGUCCACUCCUGAUCUCGGUGAGAAAAGCCUUGGCCCUUCGGUAAGUAGUUCGGGUAUAAAGGCGUUACGGCUGCCUGUGGAAGACGAACUCACUGAUCUCCCCAAAGGCAUAGUCCCGAAGAGGGCAUUCAUGGAUCUCUCGCCGCUCUAUCGCGAGUUUGAAGGAGAUCAAACGACUACCGACCGGAACAGCACAACGAAUGCGUGUUUGGAUCUAGAAGCACAGGUGACGCACUUGUCUCGCCCUAUGAUUUCCCCAGGCGGGGUAUAUGGCAUGUUGGCAUGCUGCAGAGAACUAGUUGUACAGUUGAGCUACAGUUCAUAA